UCCGCCCCCGGGGCGGCUCCAUUUUGGCCGCAGAAGUCGGGGGAGCGCAUGGCGGGCUUGGAGGUACUGUUCGCGGCGGCGGCGCCGGCCAUCACUUGCGGACAGGACGCGCUCGUCUGUUUCCUGCACUGGGAGGUGGUGACGCACGGCUACUACGGCUUGGGUGUCGGCGACCAGCCGGGUCCCAACGACAGGAAGUCAGAACUGCUGCCAGCCGAAUGGAACAGCAAUAAAGAUCUGUAUGUCCUCCGCUAUGAGUCUAAGGAUGGGUCCCGAAAGCUUCUCGUGAAGGCUGUCACCGUGGAGAACAGCAUGAUCAUCAAUGUGCUGGAAUGUGGCUCACAGCAGGUAUCAGAUUUGACACUGAACUUGGAUGAUUAUAUCGAUUCAGAACACCUGGGUGACUUCCACAGGGCCUACAAGAACAGUGAGGAACUUCGGUCUCGCAUCGUGUCUGGAAUCAUCACACCUAUCCAUGAGCACUGGGACAAGGCCAGUGUGAGCAGUCCCCACCGGGAGUUUCCCCCUGCCGCUGCCAGAGAGGUGGACCCCCUUCGGAUUCACCCGCAGCACCCACACACGAGCCGGCAGCCUCCCUGGUGUGAUCCCCUGGGCCCGUUUGCUGUCGGCGGAGAGGACCUGGACCCCUUUGGGUGCCGGAGAGGUGGCAUGAUUGUGGACCCCCUGAGAUCUGGCUUCCCGAGGGCACUCAUUGACCCAUCCUCGGGUCUCCCAAACCGUCUUCCUCCAGGCGCCGUGCCCCCGGGAGCACGCUUUGACCCCUUUGGACCCAUCGGGACCAGCCCGUCUGGACCUAACCCGGACCAUCUCCCCCCGCCGGGCUACGAUGACAUGUACCUGUGAAGGCCUCAAGAAUGUAACACCCCAGCCUUCCCUCCACUCUCCUGGAGCUGCCGCCGCGGGCCCCGUCAGCAGCCGUGUUCCCGCGGGCUGGGGGCGAGGGACUCUGCCCAUGCGUUCGCGGGCCGGCCGGGAUCGCCUCCCUGCCCCCGGCCGGAGCCAGGACACCUGCUGCAGCUCUCCACCUGGCUGCGUCUAGGUCCCAAAGAGCAACUAGUGUGUCUCUCUCACCACCAGCUCCCCCACACUUCUCAAGGGAGACCCCGGCAACAUAUACCCUCGACCCGGUGCCGUUGCGGCUGCAGCGCUAUAAGAACAGAACACAUUUUGGAUGUUAUUAUAAGAACCAAAUGUCAAUACAAAAAUCAUGUUGCCAGUCUCCCACUCUUCUUUACUGCACAGCGCCUUCCGUCUCUGAGACGUUAGCGUUUAAGUCUUCGUGGGGCCAAGUGACUCUUUUCCUACCCAGGGCCUGUUCUUGCUUCUCAGAAUUGCUUUUGCUCCUAAAUUGCUUUUGCUCCUGACAUCACUAAGGUGGGCCCCAGUGUGGCUGUGCCAAUGAAAAUGAGAGACUAGCAACCCCCAGGCCACAAAGAAGACUUCCACAAGGGCAGGCGCCUUGCAGGAAGACUGCAUCAUGUCGAGAAGGGCAGAAUCCUCCGGUUCCGCCCGUCCGCGCAGACCCGCCGCCCCGUCUGUGCCUGGACAGCGGCAGCCUAUAAACAGACCUGAAGGCUAAUCUUAUCUUUGCCACUAACUUAACCGAGUUGACCCUAAGCAGGGCUCUCCCCUCCCAGGGCUUUCCUGCUGCCUGUGACAUCUGAGGUGCCCUUUCUUCUCAGCAUCCUGAUGUCUGCCUCUGUGUACGGCCACCUCUCGGGACUGGGACAGAGGAAAACAAUGAAUUUUUGAGGCUCUCUGUGGUGCUUACCCACAGAGUAACUCCGUGCCCCUCGGACCCCACACAAGGAAGGCACGGGAGCACGGGCUCCAUCCCCAAAUGUGGUAUUGAACCCCGCUAGGAGCAGGGAGCCCAGCCUCUGGAAGCCUGUGUCCUCUGUCCAGGCCCAUCUGACCUCUGGUGUUCUCCGGAUUCUUUUCAGCCCAAGGCCUGAUAGACGUGGUCAGUGAUGAGCCUCUGUGCUGGAGUGGAGAGAGCCCCAUAGAGCACCAGGCCCAGAGGCAAGAGAUCAAGGCACUAGGCACUUACCCUCCACAGCAAGCAUCAUAUCCAUGGGUGGGUCUUUCUGCUUCUCAGAUCCUUGAGUUCCUUCUCCUAAAAGAGGAUGUACUAUUUAUCUGUGGGCAGAGGGUAGGCUACCAGAGCCCCCCUGAGGUGUCUGCUAAUAGGCUGUAGCCUGGAACUGCCCGAGAGGGGUUAAGGGGACACUGAACUGGGGCCUGGGUGGGGAGGCUUGCAUGAGCAGGCGCCCCGGCCAUUUUUGGUGGGCCCCGUCUCCAGCACUGAUUUAGUAAGGACCACCUUGCAGCCUGUAGAACAUUUGUGCUCCGGAGAGAGAGCCAGAGAUCCGGCAAAGCUACAAGUGCAAUCAUCAGUCACAGUCUUCUUCCUCGAGGGCCUACAAAUGGGCGGAGUGUUUCUGUUCCAGAAUUGGAUCAUACCUGCUACGGACAGGAGUUGGGGCAAUUUGGUCCCAUAAACAUCCCUUAUCAUAAAAGGAAGCAUUGAAGGAACAUCACACUAGAAACCGUCAGACAAGCAGGGAAGGUAGGUCGCUUUUAGAACUACGAUUUAAGGAAAAGAUGGUUCAGACAAUAAAUUUGGCACUUGGGUUUUCUACUAGCAAAGGCCAAAAGGAUCAUCCUGUACAUCAUUCUGUUUUCUGAAAACAGAAAUUUCAGUGAUUCUCUUCUGCAGAAUCAGCCAUUUUUGGCGUGGGUCUCCUGUGUCAAGAACACUGAGCCUUAGUGUCAGGGGACGUGACUGGGGACUCCAGGGACUUCCAAGUCACGCUGUCCGUGUUUGCUGGAGUCUGGGCCGCCGCCUCCUCGCAGCCAGGAGUAGUCGCCAGGCAGCGAGGGCUACCCGUUCCAGGGUGUGUCUUGUGCAAGGGUAGGGUCCUUACCAGUAAAUACCAGCACUCAAUAACCUGUUCCUUUUUUAAAAAUAACAGCUUUAUUGAUAUAGAAUCCACAUACCCAUGAAGUUUACCUUUUAAAAGUGUGCGAUGCAGUGGUUUUUAGUGUAUUUGCAAUGUGCGUCCGUCCAUCACUACAUCUAACUCCUGAACAUCUUCGCCACCUCAACAGGAAACCCCAUACCUAUGAACAGUCACUCCUGUUGCCCCGCUCCCAGCCCGAGGCAGCUGCUAGUCUGUCUUCUCACUAAAGGUUUGCCUGUUCGGGACAGUUCUCACAAGUAAAUUGCACAGCGUGUGGCCCUUUGUGUCUGGCUUCUUUUCACUGAACAUCCUCAAGGUUCAUCCAUGUUGUAGCGUGUGUCAGUACUGCAUUCCUUUUAAUGGCUGAGGAAUACCCACUGUAUGGACAUAAAUACCCCAUUUUCUUUUUUUCUUGUUUUUUUCUUUAAAUAUAACUUAUUGUCAAGUUGGCUAACA